AUGCCUUCUGAUAGAGCAGGGUACACACUCUCGGUGUUCGCCAUUGAUGUGUCACCGUCUAUGGGUGAAUCCAAAGCUGAUCCAGGAGGUGGAUGUAAGAAACCGAAAUUGGAUCUGGUCAAGGAAUAUGUAGCGAGGAAAUGUGAGCCUAAAAUCUCCAGUGGGAGGAAGACAGAAGCGGUUGGUAUACUCAGCUAUGGUGGGAAAGUUGCAGAGACCAACAAUCAAGCGAAUCGAGCUUUUGUAGUUGAAAAUCCAGAUGAUGAAGACCCACCCUACGCAGCAGUCUCAUGUGAUGUAGCGAUACAAACAGCCAAACCCAAAACAGUGGAAGUAGUAAUGAACCUUGACGUCGGUGAACAUGAAGGGAAUCCUGUGUCCGCUUUAAUGGUAGCGUUGGAUAUGAUACAUGUUCAUAAACAUACCAAAAGUUGGGCUUUGGAGGUGAUACUGAUCACUGAUGGCGAAAGUUCUUUCAGACAAGAAGAAUAUGAAGAUGCCAUGGAUAGAUUUGAUGACCUGGGAGUGAGGUUAUCCGUAGUGGGACUUGAUUUCCAGCCAUUGAACGAAGCGGUUGAGAAGACGAAAAGUCGGAAUAAGCGUCUUUCUGAGAAAUUUUGGCGUACAUUCGUUACUCUUCUACAUGAACGAAUAAGCAAAACCACCGAAUCUGAGGAGAUGUUACCAACGUUGGAGAUAUUCGAUGAUGCAUUAGAAGCAUCAAGACUACCCAAAGCAGCAGUAGUUAAUGGUACGGUAUCAGGGAUAGAUCUUCAUAUAGGUUCAUCUGAGGUCGAUCCUGAACAAGCUAUCACUAUACCUAUCAAAUAUUCAAAGGCGACUAUGAAAGCUCGUCCUCCAACAUUAUCAAAAGCUUGGAAGCCAGCUAUGGAUCUUCAAGCUCCUAUUAGACCUUCUUUAGGGACACAAAGGCAGAGCUCAAAUCAAUUGAUGUCAAGUCUAAUCAAUCAAUCCCAAUCCCAAUCGAACAAUACAGGUGACAUCCCUAAGCCAGAGGAGUUUGCAAAUCUAAUCUCAGCGGAUGUGAAACACCACAGUACUUAUAUAGUGAAAAAACAAGAUACGGCACCUUCAGCUACUCAAUUGGGCUCACAGGGAUUAGAUGGUGAUUAUCUGGAUCAGUACAACGCUUCUCAAAAAGCUACUCAAGUCGAAGACGAGGAAGUAGAUGAAGAAUUCGUGGAAAAGGAAGAUAUAGUGAAAGCUUGGAGGUUUGGUUCUACUUGGGUUCCAAUGGAAGCAGAUACGUUUGAACCGAUGGACACGAGAAAAGGAGUGGAAAUCUUGGGAUUCUUCCCUAAAGAUGCGAUCAAGCGACAUCUUCUCAUGGGAGAAGUUCGAUUUGUGUGGCCGGAUCUGACAUCCCCUAGAGGGCAGAUACAAUUUUCUGCCCUUGUAGAAGGAAUGGAACUGAGAGGGAUGUGUGCUGUAGUCAGAUGGGUACUGAAAGAUAAAGCGGAGCCUGUGAUCGGACUUUGCUUGGCAGCUAUGGAAUUUCCGGGUGAGGGAAAACGGCUGGAUUUCAUGUACUGGAUAAAGCUACCUUUUGCUGAGGAUGAACACAACUUUUGGUUCCCUUCUCUAACGACAUACAAUACAGCAACGGGGAAAGUAAUCACCGAACAUCCAUUGUUACCCACAGAGGAACAAUGUGAAUUGAUGGAUGAAUUAGUCGGAUCUAUGGAUCUCGAUGCUUACGCUAAAGAGCAAGCCAAGAAAGAGAAAUCGAACGUUGAAGGUGAAGAAGAAGACGAAGAUAUGGCUGACGAGAAUGAUGACGAGGAAGGACCAAGAUGGUUUGAACCUGAGAAAUCAUAUAAUCCGGUUAUCCAUCGCAUCAAAGAAGCUAUCUUCCAUGCUUCUCUGACGUCGGACUUGGAUGCAAAUCCUCUUGGUCCGCCACACCCUGAACUGGUGAAGUACUUCAACACCCCGGACGACAUCGGAGAGCAAGUCGAGGACCUGACCCAAAAACUGCAAGCUGCCUUGGAUAUCAAGAAGAUUGCUCCAAGGACUAGGAAGAAGGUUCAAAAAGAAGGUCUACGAGAAGAUGAGGGAUUUAUUGAUAUCGAUGAGUUGUUUGACGAGACUUCCGCUCCACCUUCAACUGCGGUAAAAGGUGAAUCAUCGUCACAAAAGCCGAAAGUGGAAAGACCUUCCCCUGCGAAAGCAGCCAAAAACCCGAGAUUCGUCGAAUCAGAUGACGAAGAUCUAGCCCCUCUACCGAAGUCUACUAGUAUGAAAGCGAAACCUAAACCAGGUAGAUUGAUCUCAAAUGAACAACCUCUGGAAGAUUUCAAGCGAUUGAUCGAAGGUGAAGGUGAUGUAUUCCGAAAAGCGAUCCAAGAUUUAGGUCUUGUCGUCUCUGAAAACAUAGAAAGUUCUUUCUCGCAUCAAGCUUUCCCACUCGCACUUGAUUGCCUGAAAGAAAUGAGGAAUACAGCACUCACAUUUGAAGAGGUCGAAACUUAUAAUGGAAUAGUAGAUAAUUUGGAGAAGAAGGUCAAAAAAGGGAAACAUAAAGAUUUUUGGAAAAAGUUCGAAGCUGAAGGAUCGAAUGUGGCUAAGAUUUCUGAAGAAGAAGCGCAAGAAGCGUUAAAUGGGUAUGAGUAA